AUGGACACCACCUACCUGAUCUCCCCCGCCAAAGGGGAGAACACCACCCUGCAGGCGACUGCAGGCAACCACAGUUUGGGAAAGCUGAGCUGGGAGGACCUGGAAGAACUGUUCUUCUUUUUCGCCAAGGAGCCUGUGGCCAUCAGCCUCACAGCUCUCUACCUGCUUUCCUUUUCCGUGGGAUUAGCAGGCAACACCGCGUCCUUAUGGGUUCUGCUGUCUGGGGAGAAGCGCAGGGCCGGACGCUCUGGGACGGCUCCGGAUGGUCCCAGUCCCACUCGCCGCCUGCUGGCCAACCUAGCAGUGUGUGACCUAUUGGUGGUGUGCAUCUGCAUGCCCCUGACCGUGGGCAAUGUGCUCUACAAGGCCUGGGUCUUCGGGGACUUCCUGUGCCGCGCUGCACCCUUCGUGCAAGCGCUAACAGUAGCCGCUAGCGCCCUGAGCCUCACUGCCAUCAGCCUGCACCGUUACUACGGAGUCCGGCGGCCCCUCCGCGCUCGGGCCUCUUGUACCCGCGGCCGCGCCCUCGCCACAAUUCUCUCUGUCUGGGCAGUGUCGGCGGCUAUCUGCCUGCCCUUGGCCUUUGCCAACAGGCGGGAUGAGAUCGGGCUGGUGGAGGGGCUGCCGCUGGCCUUCCCUAUUUGCCGUGAGGUGUGGCCUGGGGCGCGGCUGAAGCAGGCCUAUAGUUGCCUCCUCUUCGGGUUGCUCUACUGCCUGCCAGUGUUCUUCAACCUGGGCUUGGGCUGGCUGACUGUGAGGAGACUCCAGGAUCCACCAGGACCCUGGGCUCGACGUCCCAGGGAGGGUACAGGGCCCUGGCCAUCGCCGCCGUCCCUGCCCGCUUCGCGGCUGAAGGUGAGGAGGGGAGUGGCUCACAUGGUAAUUGCCCUGGUCACUCUGUUCGCUGUCACCUGGCUGCCAGUCUACCUGCUGGACAUCUGGAUCGACUUCCACAUGCCGGACUGGUCUACUACUGGGAAGCCUACUACAGUCUGGGUUCUGCAACUGAGGCCUUUCGCCCAAUGGCUGGGCCUCACCAAUUCCAGCCUCAAUCCACUCUGUUACUGCUUCGUGGGAAGUCUGGCGCGAACCGCCCGCGAGGUGAGGCGCCGCUAUCGCCAGAGGCUCAGCUCCCUGUUCCGACCCUCGAUCUCCGAGGGAACUUCCUUGAGAGAAGGGGGUACCGAGGCAGAAGGCAAGGAUGUGGCUCCCUCCCCCCGGGUUUCCCAGUAA